AUGGCAGAAAUCUCCCCCAUACGGAUUUCUCCCAUCACUAUUCCUCGUACGAUUCUUGACAGACUCAACCUUCCAGCGAUAGAUCACAACAAAUUGAUCUUACAGAUCAACACCGACAGGAUUACCCAAUCAGGAAUCACGCUUGAACAAAUCCAGCACGCUAUCGCAUGGGGCAAUAAGCUCGAUGCUGCAACCCAAGCGAAAUGGAACGCAAACCCUUGGCUAGGGAGCAGAGUCUCAACCUACACAAACAUGUAUCAAGCAGGUGCUUGGUACACCUCGUACGCGAACGGAGACAUAUGGAACGCAGGCAACGACAAUACGUUGCAGAUCCAAGGGACUUUUUUAGUGUACGGAGAUAUCCGCGAACGCCUCCGGGUACUCGGUGCUGCGAAGUCUGCUGUUGGUUUCCCGCUUUCAGAUGAGCUGCCUUGCCCCGAUAACAGGGGUCGCUUCAACCGCUUCUCCAAGGGCAUGAUAUACUGGACACCCACUACAGGCGCACACGAAGUGUAUGGCGACAUCCUUGCAGCAUGGGCUACCGCAGGUUACGAGCGAUCAUGGCUUGGGUAUCCGCUUACUGGUGAGGUGGAUGUUCUAGGUGGGAGAAUGAAUAGUUUCGAGAGCGGACAGAUGACGUGGCGCGCGCAUGAUCGUCAUAUCGAAAGUAUCUCGUUCAAAGACAAGAUCCUGCAGAAGUAUCGUAACGUUGGUGGCAUCUUCUCGAAGCUCGGUUUGCCGACAGCGGCUGACAUGACUGUGUUUCGAGCAGGAAAUGUCUUUACUGCGAAUUUUCGAGGAGGGAACAUCACUGUGCCCCUUGAUCAGCCUGCUGCUUCGCCAUCGACAACCAAAAGGAUUCAAGUCUGGUGGCGCGGUUUGGAGUGUCAGGUCAGACAAGAAGGCGAAGACGAACUUGCUGGCGGCGUCUCCGUUUACGUCCCAGGUACGCAGCAGAACCAGGUCAUCAAAUUCCCCUCCGGAGAUGAGCCAUGGAAACUUGGUCAUGACCGUCAGCGCAUCAUGCCAACCAGCUCUUUGCUUUACGAUGGCCCGCCCGCAAACAUCAUAAUCACCACGCAGCUCGUCGAGCUAGACAAUAGCGAGGGUGAUCCACUGAAGAUUGCUAAUGUGAUUUUCAACGGUCUCAAGGACGUGGGAAAAAUUGCAGAAAAGAUUGGGGUCGCGACCGGCAAUGAAGUGGUCGAUGCUAUCGCAAGAGAAAUUCAAAUACCUGCCGAUAUAUGGAGGGAGGCACAAAGGAGCGAGUGGUGGAAGUAUAUCAAGUUUAUAAGGGAUCUGCUUACCUCGGAGGAUGAUAGAUACAAUGCAGGAGUGCUAGAGAUCAAGGCUGACCAGAUAUCACAACGACCAGCAUCGCGUCAGGUACUUCGUCGCUCCGAUGACCCUACGGCUGUUGUGUGGACUGAUAGAGUGGUGGUCACCGGAGUGGAUAACGGGCACGAUCUGGGUGUUUAUGCAUUCUAUUUUGAGGUUAACGUCAUCAAUGAGACUACGACCCUGAGAAGUAGCCUUAUGUAG